UGGUGGUGGCGGCGGUGGCGGUGGUGGUGGUGCGAGCGUGGCGAGAAGGAAAAACACGUUUCACGAGGCAACGUCUCGUCUCGCGUCAAGAGGUUCCGGCUGAAGAUAUCCGUUGUCAGUGUCGUCGGCUGUGUUCAUUCCGUUCGUUGUAUGGUGCAAGCUUUGCGCCGAUCGACGACGGUGAGAAAGAAGAGAACAGGAGUUUUAUAAAACAGAAAGAGAAAGAAAAGUGUGUUAUUGUUGUGCGCCGUUUCUAUGGCAUAAUCCCAGCGAACGAGCGAAGAGAAACUGGUCAGCUGGUUUUACGCCAAGAAGAAUCAUUCGCAAGUGGAAGCAAGACAGUGAGAAGCCGCAUACGGCGAAAUGGGAGACGGAGAAAUGGCGCUGGUGCCAGGUGUCCAGUAUGGUUUGUCGUCGCACGACAAUUUCGAUGAACACAAAUCUUUAAUCUUCGUGAAGCUCACCGAUUCAUCGUAUCGUGCCAUCCAGGAAUACCUCAAGAGCCGAGAUAAGAUCAUCGAGAAACCUAAAAUACAGUUCCUACAAAAUGAAGGGAAACUCAGCAUUCCAUCCAUCCAUGGAUUUAACGGAUUCACUUUUAGUCUCUCCAGCAAUCAGGACAUUGAGGGUCCCCAGGGCGGCUUUGAGUGCGUCCGACAAACUGGCCCUAAAAGUCUGGAGAGCCUCGGCGCAAUACCAUACAAAAUGCGGAUACGGGCAAAUGACGACGUUUACGAGACCACCAGGCACAGAAUGGCGGUCGCCGAGGAGAAUAACAAGAACAAAUGUACAAGGGUGAUCAAAGCGAACGGUCCAGACAUCGGACGCAAGGUGAAAGUGCAAAUAGGAAGAACGAUACCACUUCCUUCGUAUGCAAAACAUCGGGAAUCUACGACGAGCAUUCCAACUUCCGGCAGCAAUCAACACAGAGCGUCAACCAACAAGUCGACCGCUAGCAAUAGUAAUAGUAAUCAUGUAGCGGCGACUCGCAAUCCGGAGAAAAAAAUUUCUGAUAUUAUGCGCAGGCCACUUAAGGAAAGACUUAUCCACGUCCUUGCUUUGAGGCCCUAUAAGAAACCCGAACUCUAUGAUCGUAUCAACAAAGAGGGCUUAAGGGAGAAGGAAAAAUCCAUCAUGAUGACCAUCCUAAAGCAAGUCGCUUACAUGCGCGACAAUACGUAUCAUUUGCAGAGGCAUAUCUGGAACGAUGUCCAGGAGGAUUGGCCCUUCUAUACCGAGCAGGAGAAGACAAUGCUAAGGAGGCGGAAACCUCAGAAUCUUACGCCACCUGGCUCGAGUGACGGUUCCAGCGGCAGUGGUCAAUCGCCCAAUUCCAUCCAUGCGGGUUCACCGCCGGCGAUCACAGCGCCCCCGCACAAUAAGAGACCGGGAUACUAUCAGGGUAACGAUGGAGUAACAACGAAAAAGACACGAAUAUCGCACUACAAGAAACCCGAACCCAUCUCCUUCAUCCCCGCUGGCGAAAAAGUGUCUGGUAGCAGCAGUUACAGUAAUAAUAAUAGUGGCAUCAGUGCAGCUGCCGGCGGUGAACGUGCCGCUGGCGGUAACAGUGGUUGUGUCGUCAACAGCAGUAGUGCUAGUGGCGGUGGCGGUGGUAGUGGUAGUGGUGCAGGUAGUACUAGUAAUAGUAGCAGUAAAAACGGCGCCGGUCUCGACGGUUGGGAAUCGAGACAGCACCCGCAACGUGAACGUAGCAGUCGCGCCGAUUACCGAGCCGAAAGGACAGCGAAUAGUGAUGUGCCGCGAGGUGCUGGGAAUGGCUGCGGCGCUCUCGCAGUCCCGAGCGGCUCCAGUCGGCCGUCAUAUCUAACGUCGUCGCCUAGUGACAGUGAAAGGAAUAGUCAUCACCAAAGCGGCGGCCAUGGGCGCGACGAUAACGUCAGCGCAAAUACCGGGAGCGGUACAAACGACAUCGAUAGGAAGGAUAGGAAUGAUAGGAGCGAUAAGGGCGACCGGAGUCGUGAUGCGAUGAGAGAGGAGAGAAAUAGAGUAAGGGAGUGCAGGAAUAGAAGUAGUGCCGCGAACGACACGAACGAUGUGAACGACGCGACUUUAUUCGCUCAAAGUGAGGCUUCCAGUAGCGGUGCUCACAUUUAUAACAUUAAUGCCAGUUCUACCGAUGUGAUGAUGAUUUCGCUGCCGACUGAUGAGCUAGAGAGGCCGGGGAGCCCUAGGGAAUAUCCCGAUUACCUCACGUAUUAUACGACAAUAAGUAAUGCGAUAGAAAAACGGCGUUAUAAAGAGGAAUUCUACGCCAAUUAUGACGAAUAUCGCAAAUUGCACUCUAAAGUGGUCGUAAUCGCGAAUCGCUUUACCAGUUUGUACGAACAAUUGCAAGAGUAUAGAAAAUCGGGCAACCUGACCGAGAUCGAGAUAAUUACGGAACAGAUGAAGCGUGAAUAUAAGGAGAUUAAGCAGGAUAUUGUAUACCAGCAGAUGAAGAAACGGUUUCAUUACCUUCAUGAUAAGCUGAGCCAUAUAAAACGAUUGAUUUUAGAGUACGAAAGUGAAAACACCGUCGAUACGAUGUCGAUUGCGACUAAUGUUGAUAGCGGUAUGGUUAGUACUACGACUGCGGGUACUAACGUAAACAUCGGAGAUCUUGAUAAUCAGCAUUACUGACACAAACUAAAAAGACCGCCUCUUCCCUGCCUCCUCCUCUCGGUUGUCGGUACGUUACUGUCAACAUUGUCGCAGAAUUUGCAUUUUCUCGCCAAGUUCCAAGGCUGAUCCUUCACGGUCCGUAUGGUUCCUGGACUUUAUCGCCGAAAAGUCAAAUGACUUGAGGUCGCAAGAUCUCAUGUACGAUACGAUAUUUAUAAAACGUCUCGCAAUAUCAUCGAUUUAUAUCGUACAUGAGACGACACUCUUCCUGCUGAUUCCUCUUCCCUCCCAUACCAUUGAGCGUUGACAAUCGUUUUUGCAACGAUUUUCAACCUGUUGGCUUUCCGCCAUCAUAACGAGCUAGAGAAGGCUCGCUCGCGCGCUAACUUCGACCAAUACUAGUUCUUGGUAAUGUUUGAUGAAAGCUGACGACAAUCGAGUACGUUCAACAACUAGACAAAAGAGAAAGAAAAAAAUCCAUCCGGAUUAAAAAAAAAUAGUAGUAAGGGCAUUCUGAUGAUCAGCGAAAUGCAAACUGUGUAGAAACGCACAGGAAAUUUGAAGCUGGUCUCGCAACGACUGACGGAAGACAUUGUUGCAUAGAGAAAAAAGGCACAGCGAGAAAAAAGAUAGUAAAACUGUAUAAUAAGUUACUUACCGCGCGCACGUCCAAGUGUGUCGUCCACUUUAAGAGAAUACGUAGAUAAAAGAAAAGAAAUACAAAAAAAAAAUAAGAUAUGUUUGCGAGAAGAGGGUCCAAGAGAUAAUAAGGCUUACCGUGUGCCACGUCCGGGUUUCUUUUUUGUCUGUUGAAAGGAAGAAAGAAAACUGGCUCGUAACACAAAUACAUACACACGAUUUAUCCACGAGCUGGCACGCAUCUUCCGCGCGUGAUUCGUGCGUUGCUCGUCGCAAUUUAAGAAAAAGUGUGUAAAAAAAAAUAGUAAGUUACCCUUCUUAUAUACAAGAGAGAGAUCGUAGUACUUUGUGAUUUUAAGAUUCUUUGUUAACUUCUUCGUUCUUUUUUUUCCUUCAUUCAUGAUAAUAGAUAUGGUCGGUUGACAAAAGAAAUGAGACGAUGAACAGCCUAAAACAAAAAA